CUCAGCUUCGUUGUCGGGACAAUCUGUCCGCUGAGCAACGUUUGAUUGGUCCUGAGGAGCAGUGAUGUCACCGCUUGCUUUGAUGUCCCGGCCGGUACAGCAGCUCGUGCAGGCUCAAGGCGAGAGAGGAGCUCCAGGUGGAGUUGGCGCGCGACGGAUUUAGAGCUGUGGCUUCAGUACGACCGCUGCAGACUGGAAAGGCUGCCUUCGCACUGCCUUGAUGAACUCGAUCUGGUCCCGCACACAGCGCAGCAGCCCGUCAUGGGGGACGGUGGCGCGUCCUCGCCGGUGAACUUCCAGAAUGGCUCGGGGAGCGGCGCGUCGGACGCACCGGGCUCCGCCACGGCCGCGUCCGAGCAGUGGAUGGCGGGGAUGAGCGUGGUGAUGGGUUUGAUCGUCCUGUGCAUUGUGUUUGGGAACAUCCUGGUCAUCGUGGCCAUAGCCAAGACGCAGAGGCUGCAGACGCUCACCAACGUGUUCAUCGUGUCGCUGGCGAGCGCGGACCUCAUCAUGGGGCUGCUGGUGGUGCCGUUUGGCGCCGCGCUCGAGGUGCGCGGCUCUUGGCAGUACGGCUCCUUUUUCUGCGAGUUCUGGAUCUCCGUGGACGUCCUGUGCGUCACCGCCAGCAUCGAGACCCUGUGCGUUAUCGCCAUAGACAGGUACGUGGCCAUCACCUCGCCUUUCCGCUACCAAAGCUUGUUAACUAAAGCUCGGGCCAAAGUAGUGGUGUGCGUAGUCUGGGCUAUAUCUGCGCUGGUCUCCUUCCUACCCAUCCUGAUGCACUGGUCCCGGGACAGUGUGGACACAGCCUGCUACGAGGACCCUGAAUGUUGCGACUUUGUCACCAACAGGGCAUAUGCCAUCUCCUCAUCCAUCAUAUCGUUUUACAUUCCUCUACUGGUCAUGAUAUUUGUUUACGCCCGCGUGUAUAGAGAGGCGAAAAAGCAGCUGAUGAAGAUCGACAAGUGCGAGGGCAGAUUUCACAACACGUUAACCGGACUGACCUCCAAGUGCAAGAAGAGGCCGUCUAAAAUCCUGGCGCUCAGGGAGCAGAAGGCACUCAAAACGCUGGGCAUCAUCAUGGGGACGUUCACCCUGUGCUGGCUGCCCUUCUUUAUAGUCAACGUCGUGCGGGUGUUUUGCGCAGAGGUGGUGGACAAGGACCUUUUCGUUUUCCUAAACUGGCUGGGGUACGUGAACUCUGCGUUUAACCCCAUCAUUUACUGCCGGAGCCCGGACUUCAGGAAGGCUUUCAAGAGGCUGCUGUGCUGCCCGAGGCAAGCCGACCGCAGGCUGCACAUCAGCUCCUGCGACCUGUCCCGGUGCUCCGGCGGAUUCGUCUCCGCUCUGGAGCCCGGCACACUGGGGAUGUGGUCAGAUUGCGCCGGCUUGGAGCAUAGCGACAGCAGCCAGGGGACCGCAAAGCUGUCUCACUCUGAAUCCCAGCUGUGAAGGAAAACAUAAAACUUUUGUCGAGGUGGAUUACAACAAGCCUGCGGGUAACGAUGGUGACAUAAACGGGUGUUGACUCGUUGAGCGGGGGUUUCUUUUUGGGAAAGGUAUGCGCAAGAGCCGUACCUUUCUGUUCAAGUGGGUCCAUAUUUUAUAUCUGCAGCAGAGAAGUCAAACAUCAGGCCAAAUCACCAGAAAUGUAUUUGUUUUGUAUGUAUUUAAAAGCAAACAUCAGAACCAAUGCUCUUUCCAAGAUGCGCAAAUCUCUCCAGGACAGCGUAGUGUCGCAGAGAUCAACCAAAUUUGCCAAAUAAUAAAUCGACCCUAAAAAUAAUUUUUUUUAUUCGGUUGAUGUCAUAAAUCAGAAUUGAUGCAUGUACUCAAAGCAGGAUUCCGUGAAUUCACACUCUUCUCAAAGAGCGCACGGUUGUUUAUAUCAUUUCUUAUUUUAUUGGAUCAACAGUUCAGUGCUAUAUUGAUGACGAUAAUCUAUUAAGGGGAAGUGGGUAGCCUAUAAAUUAACCCCAGGUUCGUGAUGGGUCACAAUGUAUUCUUAAGAUGACUGCUCAGGCGCACUGUAUUAAGCUGAUUGUUAUUUAAAAGCACUGGACAUGAGCGACGCAUUUGUCAGAGUGACUGUACUGUAGCCAUGUAGUGCUCCACUCACAAUGUGUUUACCUCACAGCCAAGUGCAAUUUGUACGACAGGUAUUUGUUUAUAUUAAACAUUUUAAAUGUAAAAUAGACGUGUAUUUAUUCCAGCUGUCUUUUACAACUAAGAAAGUGAACGUGGGGCUGAUUUCCCAUGCCCUUUGUACAUAUUGUAGAAUAUGGUGUUUAGUACUGCAGAUUUGAGCCUCACUUUUUGUCUUUCUCCCUUAAGCUUUACAUGCUGUUGUGAGGUGGUGUGUUGACUCAUGUGAAAUAAAAAUGAAGUUUCAUUGUUGA